AUGAUAAAAUAACUAUUUAAAUUGAGAGUAUUUACAUUUUGUCAAGAAGCUAAUUUUGGUUUUAAGAAAGUUAAACUUGAAGAAAAAUAAGAACAUGUAAAUUAAGUGUUUCAUAAUGUUGCAAAUAAGUACUUAUUUAUUAAAAAAAUAGUUAUGAUUUAAUGAAUGAUUUUAUGAGUGUUGGAUUACACAGAUGUUGGAAGAAUUCUUUUGUUGAAGAAUUGGGAUCAUUAAAAAAUGGAGAUUCAUCUAUUAGAGUAUUAGAUGUUGCAGGUGGUACUGGUGAUAUAGCAUUUCGUAUACUUGAGAAACAUAAAGGAAAUAAUAUGUUUAAUGAAAAUCUAAAAAUAACAGUUUUAGAUAUAAAUUAAUCUAUGUUGGAUGUAGGAUAAAAAAGAGCAAAUGAAUUAGGUUAUUAAAAUUGUAAUAUUAUAUUAUAAUACAAUUAGAAAUUGAAUUUGUAUGUGCAAAUGCAGAAGAAUUGCCAUUUGAAGCAAAUACUUUUGAUGCUUAUACUAUAGCUUUUGGAAUAAGAAAUGUACCAAGAAUUCCUAAAGCAAUAGGAGAAGCUCAUAGAGUGUUGAAAUAAGGAGGAAAAUUCUAAUGUUUAGAAUUUAGUAAAGUUCAGAAUCCUAUUUUAUCUUUUUUCAAUUAAUUUUAUUAAUUCAAUUUUAUACCUACAAUGGGAUAAUUAGUAGCUAAUGAUAGACAUUCCUAUUAAUAUUUAGUAGAGAGUAUUGAGAAAUUUCAUAGUCAAUAAGAAUUAUUAAAAAUAAUAGAAGAAACUGGUUUUAGAUAUGCAGGAUUUAAAAAUUAUAUGGAUGGAGUUGUAGCUGUACAUUUUGGAUUUAAGUUAUGAUA